GUAGAAUCAAAGACAAUUUUGUUGCUCAUUGCUUUCAAACAAAAAUGCUGGCAUUGGGGUUAAACAAGUAAGCUUUAUUAAAAAGUAACAAAAGAAACAACUUAAAGGGUGAAACUGCGUUAAGAGAUCCAUUCUCUCUGGUGAGAAGCUUGUCAAACGGUCUCUGAGAUGCCAAGCUCCAGUUCCAAAAUUGGGAUCAUGUAACUCCCUCACAUCUCUGGCGAAGACUCAGCAGAAUCGGUCUCCAGCACUUACAGGGCGUGGCUUUGUUCUCACCUUUCUGCUGAUGGAACAGAGACGCACACUGACAGACUCUAUAAUACCUGAAUCAAAGACAGUUGACAGGGAUCGUUCAGUGAAUAGCUGAGGCAGAGGUCAGUGGAUGGCUCAAAAUUGAUACCUACUUUAACACACGAUCAGGCAUGACGCCGCUCAAGAGUCUGUUCAGGAAGUGACCUCAGUGUGACAUCAUGGAGGACAGUUGGCUGCUCCUGUCCCCCCCGCCCAACCUCAGCGAGCCGGUCCUGUACGACAGCGGCUUCCUGCCAAUGACCAACGAGUCGCAGACGGGCGCGCACAACGACACCGACACGGACUUCCAGCGCACCAGCACCGUGGUCAUCACCAUCCUCUACUUCGUGGUGUGCGCCGUGGGCCUGUGCGGCAACACGCUGGUCAUCUACGUCAUCCUGCGCUACGCCAAGAUGAAGACGGUCACCAACAUCUACAUCCUGAACCUGGCGGUGGCCGAUGUGCUUUUCAUGCUGGGCCUGCCGUUCAUCGCCCUGCAGCUGGCGCUGGUCAACUGGCCCUUCGGCCUGGCGAUGUGCCGCGUGGUGAUGACCGUGGACUCGUUCAACCAGUUCACCAGCAUCUUCUGCCUGACCGUCAUGAGCAUCGACCGCUACCUGGCCGUGGUGCACCCCAUCAAGUCCACCAGGUGGCGCAAGCCGCGCGUGGCCAAGACCAUCAACCUGGCCGUGUGGGUGGUGUCGCUGCUGGUCAACCUGCCCAUCAUCAUCUACAGCGGCCUGAUCAGCAACCGGGACGGCAAGUUCUGCAGCAUCGUGUGGCCCGAGCCGCAGGAGGCAUACUACACGGCCUUCAUGUUCUACACGUUCCUGCUGGGCUUCUUCCUGCCCCUGCUGGUCAUCUGCCUCUGCUACCUGCUCAUCAUCAUCAAGGUGAAGUCCUCGGGCAUCCGUGUGGGCUCCAGCAAGAGGAAGCGCUCUGAGCGCAAGGUGACCCGCAUGGUGUCCAUCGUGGUGGCGGUGUUCGUCUUCUGCUGGCUGCCCUUCUACGUGUUCAACGUGACGUCGGUGACGGGGAGCAUCAGCAGCACGCCGGCGCUGCGCAACACCUUCGCCUGCGUGGUGGUGCUGGGCUACGCCAACUCCUGCGCCAACCCCAUCCUCUACGCCUUCCUGUCGGAGAACUUCAAGAAGAGCUUCCAGAACGUUCUGUGCCUGCGGAGGGCCGGCCCGCUGGAGGAGGCAGAGCGCAGCAACAGCCAGCAGGACAAGUCGCGCAUGAUGAACGACCCCACAGAGACCCAGGGCACACUGCUCAACGGGGACCUGCAGACCAGCAUCUAGGAGGGACACACACACACACACACACACACACACACACACAAACACACACACACACACACACACACAGUCACACCAUCGGCGAUCACUCGGAAGUCGAGUAUGGAUUGACAGACAGACACACAAACACAGACACACACAAACACACACACACACACACACACACACACACCAUCACUCAGAGUCGAGUAUGAUGGUCCUCCUUGGGGGUGGGCUUGUUACUGUGGAUCUUCAGGUGGCUUAAGUGGCUGAUUCUGGAACACACACACACACACACAUAUUUAUACACAUUAUAGGAGAUUGACAGACCAAGCAAGGGCAAAAUAUGACACACACACACACAGAAACAUAUGCUGUAAAAAAUAUAUUAUAGGACAGUGACGUACCAGUCGGCACACACACCGGUAUACACACACAUAGAAAAACAAAUCAGGAGAAAAAAUUAGGCACAUAACGUAAAAUCCAUUAUCCAGAUGGGUGGCCCUCCCCCUGGCUGCCUGUAAUGUGUCUGUUUUUUCUCCAUAAGGGCCGAUGGCAUGCGCGCUGAUCUGUUGACCUUUACAUAGGGUGGACGAUGAGGCUCAUGAUCACACAUGAUCACCUCCGCUAAUCCCCGACAGCCUUCUUAUUAGCAUACAGAUGAGACACAAACACACACACACACACCAUUGAAUCAAACACACACACAAACAAACACACACACACAUUAACUCUCUCUUUCUCUCUCACACACACACACACAAACACCCAAACUCUCUCACACACACAAACACACAUCUAGCACCGCUAACCUUUAGAGACCCUAUUUUAUUUCCAUAAAGAUGAGAGUGCAACACAUUCACACGUCGCUGGCCCCUAGAGACCUUCCAUUUCAACAGAAAUGCGUAUGUGCGUGCACGUGUGUGUGUGUCUGUGUGUGUGAGAGAGAGAGAGACGGCUGUUGUUAUUCAUGACAGAAACACUUGGACCCUCUAUGGGUCAGCACUCCGCUCCCCUCUCUCCAUCUCAGCGUCCACAAUAUACUCGCUUACGGACACACACGGACAACUGCCCACACCCUGGACACGGACACAUCCUUGUUCUUAUUGUGUUUUUAUAGUGUUCUUAUUGUAUUGUCAUUUCUAGUCUGCCCUCACCAUGGACACAUCCUUGUUGUUAUUGUGUUCUUAUUGUCAUUUCUAGUCUGUGUGGAGUAUGUGACUGUGUGCAGUUGGUGCUCUUGUAGCUUUUGCGGCUAUAUGAACGCAAGUCCGAAACCAAUUGGAGGGUGUAUGGACGGCGGACGUCCACCCUGACCCGUGUGUACACCCCGAGAUGAUGAAAUGUACGUCGUCACUCGACCCCUUACAGAUGGGCAGCGUGUGAGCCCUGAGGACUCUGGACACACAGAAACAGUCUUUAACAGAUACCAGAGCCAGAGACACUAGAGCCCCACACCCACCCCCACCACCACCACCAGGAGAAAAUGGGCAAGCAGCUACGCCCAGUGAUGUCUGGGAGUGGGAUGUGUCUGUGUGGGAGGUGGAUGGGAGAGCAGACCCUGUUCCUAAAACACUGGACUGAAAGUGGACAAUUCAGCCCUGCCAACCCAGAUACUCUCUGUAUUCAGAGGAACAGACAAAGCAGACCGAACACACACGGAGGAGUGUUUGGUCUGACUGAUUGGCUGACUUUUAUUAAGUGUCAAGUUCAUAAUGAGAUUUGAUGUUCAUCCUUUGACGUCUGGUGGUGGGCAGUGUUGAGGGUGUCUUGAGUCUGUGGCCAACCAGUUGAAUGUAUUCAUUUGUGUGGGUGUUGUAUUUUGUGUUGCAGUAAUGAAGAUUUCUCUGUGUAUAGCAUUUUUUUUUCUGAUGCCAGUAACCCACGUAUACACCGGUAUACACAUGUUGUUUGCUUGUAAACCCUGUUCAUGUUUUGAGUUGGUGUGUGUGUGUGUGUGUGUGAUGUCCUGCAUGAAUGUGGGCAUGUGUUAUUUAAAUUGCUCUAUAGUAUUAUGGAAUUAUACAUUUACUAUGGAAUUACUGCCGUACAGACCAUGUCAGAGGAUUUGCUCUUCUCUGUGUUUAGCCUCCUCACCCGAGUGUGUGUGCCAUGGCUCCAUCACCCAGCCUGUGUGUGCCUGUGUGUGCCAUGGCUCCAUCACCCAGCCUGUGUGUGCCAUGGCUCCAUCACCCAGCCUGUGUGUGCCAUGGCUCCAUCACCCAGCCUGUGUGUGCCUGUGUGUGCCAUGGCUCCAUCACCCAGCCUGUGUGUGCCAUGGCUCCAUCCCCCAGCCUGUGUGUGCCCAUUUGGAAGAGCUGCCCUCGCCCUCACCAUUCCCCUGGCUCCUUACCUGUUCAUAUGACCGGUCUCUCCACACACCCCCCACCCCACAUCAGACGCUAUAACCCACGUCUUAAGUCUGCGUGAAAGUUGACUCCGCUGUUUACAACAGUUUUACUUACAGUAUUUAUUAGUAUCAUUGUCUGUUGAGAUGUAAAGUAGGUCAUGCUAAAAUAAAUGGCUCUUGAGCUGUUUGUGGCUUCGUAGUAUCAUCCCUGACACCUUACAGACUGUAAGGGGCAGGAGCAUAGACAUGCCAAGAGGUGUAACUCCACAUUAGAAAUGACAGCUCUGGAAUGUGUCAGGGACUUGUUCUGCGACAGGUGUUCUUUGGGGUUGUCAGUGUGAGGUCAAGAAUCAUAUUGCUUUGACGUUUACAUAUGCCCCCCCCCCCCACACACAGGCUGUACAUUUAUGAUGUUAUUAGUAUAAAUCAGUGUAGGGGAACAGGUAUGAGUGAAGUGAUAGAUGCACAUCCUUUUCUCCCUUACCAUCAUUCUACUGUGUCCAGUGAGAGAUGUUUAUUUGUAAUGGGUAUAUUUACAUACCACAAAAUCCACGACUCAAAGACUAGAUUCACUGCUGGAUGAAGCCCCGUUAAGACUGGGAUUUUAGGAUGUCUGGGACUUUGACAGUAAACCCUUCGCCAGUGAAUCCUGGCUCUGGCUCUGACACAGAGGACUGGGGCCGGCCGGCCUGCUCCUACGUGUGGACAGUGCUCUGUUUAGAUAACCUUCGGGGCAAACAUUGCCAACCCUCAGAGGAGUCACUACAGCAGGGGUAUGUAGGUGAAAUGGCACAGCAGGGUGUGUGUGUGUGUGUGUGUGUGUGUGCAUGGGUCUUCAUUCACCAAGGUCAGUGCAACCAUUACACAGUGGCCAUGACCAGUGAUCCUUUCCACGAUUGUGUAAAAAGAGUAGUUGAUUAAGGGUGUGUGUGUGUGCGUGUUUGAGAGUGAGACUGUUGUCCAUGCAAUGACAAGCCUUCAGAAGUGUGCAUGACAGAAUGUGUGUGUGUGCUUGUUAUAUCUUCUCUUUCUCACUGGUAAUUUGAGAAGGGCUAGAGUGUGUGUGUGCGCCUGUAUGGCAGCCACACUCCUACUUACCACAGACUCCCUCCACAACACACACACGUAGACAAACACAAUCUCACACAUGUACACAAACACACUUCCCUCUAAUGUGCCUUCAUUGAGUAGAGCUUUCAUGUGUUGGUCUGGCUGUAUCAAAUGCUGAGAGCUUGUCUGCAUGUAUAUGAAUAGGCUUAUGUCCAUGAACAGACGCACCAUUUCAGUCCCCCAGGCUGACAUUUUCUUUUUUUCUGCGUAGGAAGUAUUGUUUGUGAGUCAUCAUGCCAUAUAGUAAAGUAUUUCUUUUCAAAACACACACACAGUUCAUGUCUUAAGUCCUCAUGCACAGACUGCUUUAAGAUCCUAUUUUCAAAACACAACUUCUUCAUAAGUAUUUAAUUCAAAGCUCCUUGCUUCCCAGUCAAAACAAGUUACUUUCCAGAGGGGAGCAAAGGCUACAGAACAGGCCGUGCUCAUAGCUCUUCCACUCCUUAUCACAACUCUUAUGUUUUCAUCCCUUUGUUUAUGUGGUGCAUUUGUAAAUCUGCCUCUACACCUGGGAAGACAAUGAGUGGUUGUACAAUUUUUUGCUCGCUCUUACUGUUCGGAUCAGUUUCAUUCAGCUUUGUGAAUUGCAGUCAUUCGAGUCCUUUAUUGAAGCGAAAAGCCGUCUGUGUUAACCGCUAAAAUCAGUGUGACUAACUGCGACACUACAGAUCUCCAGUGAUGGCUGUGCAGAUCAUCAUGACGGGCUCCAGGGCCUUUCUUCAGAACAGCUGAGCACGUUCUCCUAUUCCCCAGAGAUAUGGCCGGUCAGGCUCAUCCUCACGUUGUUUUGCCUCACCUGCUCCACACAGCGAUAAAUGCAGUAAAUUGCUGAUAGUUUAACCUUUAAACACUGUUCGUUGCUAUCCCCCUUAAUUUUCUGUUCGUGGUCAAAUUUGACUGAACAGUUUUAACUGCUCUUAAAUACCAAUACCAUGACAAAAAGUAUUAUUUAAUAGAACAUUUUUGUAAACAGAUUAUUAGAACAUUAACAUCACGUGUGUUUGUGUGUGUUUCUGUAUGUACGUGAAUGUGUGCGGACACUGUGGUUCACAUGCACAGUGGCAACAUGAACUGUGUGUGUGUGUGAGAGAGAAAGAGAGAGUGUGUGUGUGUGUGUGUGUCUGUUUGUGUGUGUGGGUGUUUCCAUGUGUGUGCAAACAUUGGUGGUUUUCCUGCACAUGUGGCAACAUGAACUGUGUGUGUGUGCAUGUACAGUAUGUGUCUGUGUGUGUGUGUGUGUGUGGGGGGGGUGUGUGUGUUUCUGUGUGUGCGAACAUUGGUGGUUCACAUGCACAAGUGGCAACAUGACAACAUGAACUGUGUGUGUGUGUGUGUGUGUGUUAUGCGUGUGUGAGUGGGUGUACAUGUGUGUGUGUCUGUUUAUGGGUGUGUGGGUGGGUGUGUUUCUGUUCACCCCUAUUCACGUAUGUGCGUGAAUGCCUGUGCAGACAUUGGUGGUUCACAUGUACAAGUGGCAACAUGACAACAUGAACCGACAACAUGUACUGAGUGUGUGUGUGUGUGUACUGUAUGUGUGUCUGUUUGUGUGUGUGUGUGUGUGCUUUUGUGUGUGCAUGCAUGCAUGUGUGUGGGAACAUUGGUGGUAAGUUGUAGGAGUGUGUGUAAGGAGAUAUAUUUUAUCUCCUGAAUGAAGUGUAUAUUCUUUCCCAUUAAUUUCCUAUGGCGGUCAUUUUUGACCGUAAACAAAAAAAGUGUUUCUACGUUGAAUAAAUCACUCAAAAUUCAAAGAAAGUAGUCAAAAUAAAUUCUAUGUGUUCAAAAGCCUUUUGUGAAGGAUAUCAUAAGAUCUUGAGGCAAUCUGAUGAAAAAUGCCAUAUUUAUGGUACAGGGAAUGAGUAAAUCGGUCAUUUUUGACCGGAACAGUGUUAGAAGCUUAAGCUUGCUGUUUGCUCACAUGCUGGUGCUUUUGUACAAGGUGGCUUUUUAAAGUCUUGUUUGACAGUGCUCUCAUUUCUGAUUAAUUGUUUGGUUUGUUCAUUAAAGAUGUAAGUGCA